CUUAACUUGUCCCUCAAAUUUUCCAUCCCCCCUCAAACAUGUUCCAUUACUUCACAUCAUAUCCCCAAUCCAACCAAAUCAUUAAUUCCCCCUAACCUCCAUGCAGCUCGACCAUCGCUUGUGCUUCAUCCUACCGCCCGACUCCGGCGACCUCUCUAGGCUCGAUGCCGAGCAACCCAAACCGUUGCCGAAGGUUGUCAAACCGAAGAAGAAGCUAGUUGAGCACGAUGAUCAUAACCACCGGGGUUGCGGGAAGCAAGUACAAGCUUUGCUUCGGGAACUGUUGGCCCGCAUCUAUGACUCCAAAUGGCUCAGGUUCCUCCACCAAGAUGGCCGGCCGGGGAAGGACCGUUGCUCGGGCCCGUUCUUCGACAUGGAUGGUGUUCAGUUGUCGGACAAGGUCGGGAUGGACAACCCGAGGAUCUUCAGCUAUGCGGAGCUUUAUAUUGGAUCGAAGGGGUUCAGCGACGAUGAGGUUCUCGGCAGCGGAGGGUUCGGGAGGGUUUAUCGGACCGUUUUGCCCAGUGACGGGACGGUGGUGGCAGUGAAAUGUGUCGCGGAGAAGGGGGAGAGGUUCGAGAAGACGUUCGCGGCUGAGCUGGCUGCUGUUGCACACCUUCGCCACCGGAACCUUGUCAGGCUCCGGGGUUGGUGUGUACAUGAGGAUGAGCUUCUCCUUGUCUAUGACUACAUGCCUAACCGGAGCCUUGAUCGAGUGCUAUUCAGGCGGCCUGAGAACGAUAACACUGACAUGGUACCGAUUAGCUGGGAUCGACGGAGAAAGAUAAUCAAUGGGCUCGCGGUGGGUUUGCAUUACCUCCACGAGCAGCUUGAGACCCAGAUCAUUCACCGGGAUGUGAAGACGAGUAAUGUGAUGCUAGACUCCGACUUCAACGCUCGACUGGGCGACUUCGGGCUGGCGCGAUGGUUAGAGCACGAGCUCCAGUACCAAAGUGCAGCCCCACGUGUUUCCUUGAAGAACCGCCAGUUCCGGCUCGCUGACACAACUAGGAUUGGCGGAACGAUCGGAUAUCUUCCACCUGAGAGCUUUGAGAGGGGAACCAUUGCGACAGCAAAAUCGGAUGUUUUUAGUUUCGGGAUAGUAGUACUGGAGGUGGCGUCGGGUCGGAGGGCGGUGGACCUCACUUACACCGAGGACCAAAUCGUCUUGCUUGAUUGGGUUCGGAGGUUGUCUGAUGAGGGAAAGCUCUUGCAAGCGGGGGAUAAUCGACUCCCCGACGGGUCUUUCCGCCUCUCGGAAAUGGAAGAGAUGGUCCAUCUCGGACUCCUCUGCACGUUCCAUAACCCACAAUCCCGGCCGAGCAUGAAGUGGGUCGUGGAGGCUCUCUCCAGUAAUAUUGCCGGAAAACUUCCAGCCCUCCCCGCUUUGCAUUCACAUCCACAAUACAUCUCCCUGUCCUCAAGCUCAAACACUACCAUCUCCACUGCUACUUCAGUCACCUCCAGGUCCACUACCACAACAUCCACUGCAUCAUCGCAGUAUCAUACGGCCAUCCGGGAUACGAUAUAUGCCACUGCCGAGAAAGGAUAUACGGAUUCCAAUUCCGAAUCCACCACUAAUGGUCUCCAACGUCGACGAUCGAACAAAUUUUUCAUUGUUGAGACUCCCCGUGAGAUAUCAUAUAAAGAGCUCGUCUCUGCCACGAACAACUUCUCAGAGUCUCGGAGGGUGGCGGAGCUAGACUUUGGGACUGCCUACUAUGGGAUUCUCGGCAACAACCACCAUCAAAUCCUCGUGAAAAGGCUCGGGAUGAACAAGUGCCCUGCCUUGCGGGCAAGGUUCUCAGAUGAGCUCCAGAACCUUGGACGGCUCAGACACCGCAACCUUGUGCAACUCCGAGGGUGGUGCACCGAGCAAGGAGAGAUGCUCGUGGUGUAUGACUACUCAGCGACUCGCCUUCUGAGCCACCUCCUGUUUGAUCAUCAUCACGAGCGGAAACCUGCUCGCCCUGUCCUGAGAUGGCAUCAUAAGUAUAAUAUUAUCAGAUCGCUUGCCUCUGCGAUUCUCUAUCUCCAUGAGGAAUGGGACGAGCAAGUGAUCCACCGGAACAUUACCUCCUCGGCCAUAAUUCUCGAUCCCGAUAUGAACCCAAGGCUCGGCUGCUUUGCCCUUGCGGAGUUCUUGACACGGAACGACCAUGCACACAAGUCAGCUAGUAAGAAAAGCAAGUCGGUCAGAGGAAUUUUCGGAUACAUGUCCCCUGAGUAUAUCGAGUCAGGGGAGGCAACAACAAAAGCUGAUGUUUAUAGCUUUGGGGUAGUGAUUCUCGAGAUACUCACGGGGCAGUUGGCGGUUGAUUUCCGAAGGAAGGAUGUACUGCUAGUGCGUAAGGCUCAUGAAGUAGAGCCGAGGAGUUUAGAGGAGAUGAUUGAUUUAAUGCUAAUCGAAGAGGGUGACCAAAGAGAGAUGGUGAGGUUAGUGAAGCUUGGGAUUGCUUGCACUAAAAGUAAUCCUGAGUCGAGGCCAAGCAUGAGGCAGAUAGUGAGCAUACUUGACGGAAACGAUACAUGCUUCACAGAGAGUCGGGAUGAGAGCAUGGAUGAGUGGAGGCGGAAGAACGCGACGGCUCUUUCACUGAUUAGAAGCAUGCAAGCCCUGGGAAUACAGUAGAAUCACAAUGUAGGGAGUUCGUUGGUUGUGUGUUAUCUUGUAUUAGACAGAGAUUGAGAGAAUGCGCUGUGCAUAAUAUUGUGAGGAGCAUAUAUAUGUAGAUUUUUCUUGAAUCCAUUGCAGUAGCAAUGAGCAUAUAUAUGUAGACUUUUCUUGAAUCCAUUGCAGUAGCAAUGUUUUAAUUCGAAUUUGAAAGCCGAAGCACCUUUCCUCCAA